GGUGCGCGGCGCGGCGCGGCGGGGAGGCGAGCGCGGCGGCGGUGGCAGAGCGCGGUGAGUGCCCGCUGGCCGCUCCCUUCCACUGCGCCCACCCGAGUGCGGUCCGGCUGCGGGGUAGAGGGGCGCGGAGGCGGCCCGGGGAGGUGACAACUGCCUGGACGAGGCGGCUCCGGUGGGGCCCCGGUCGGCGGAUGCGCGGAUCCGCUGCCACCCGGGUGUGGGAGGCCGUGCUCGGCCCCGGGCGGUGACGGACGCGUUCCCUGCGCACGUGUCCCCGCGAGGACUGAAAGGGUGGUUUUAAAAUUCCCCAGCAAGUGGAGGACCAUCCCUCCUCACUCCAUCCCACCCACCCACCUGCUGCUUCUGCCGAAACCUCCCCGCUCCUAUCUGAGUGACUCACUUAAAUGGCCGAUAAGCAGAUCAGUCUGCCAGCCAAACUCAUCAAUGGCGGCAUCGCCGGGCUGAUUGGGGUCACCUGCGUGUUCCCUGUCGACCUGGCCAAGACAAGGCUGCAGAACCAGCAGAAUGGUCAGCGCUUGUACACCAGCAUGUCUGACUGCCUCAUCAAGACCAUCCGCUCAGAGGGCUACUUCGGCAUGUACCGCGGAGCUGCAGUGAACCUGACCCUCGUCACUCCUGAGAAGGCCAUCAAGCUGGCAGCUAACGACUUCUUCCGAUAUCAGCUCUCCAAGGACGGGCAGAAGCUGACCCUAUACAGGGAGAUGCUGGCAGGCUGCGGGGCUGGUACUUGCCAGGUCAUCGUGACCACCCCCAUGGAGAUGCUGAAGAUCCAGCUGCAGGACGCAGGACGCAUUGCCGCCCAGAAAAAGAUACUGGCUGCCCAGGCCCAGCUCUCAACCCAGGGGGGUGCCCAGCCCUCGGCAGAGGCUCCGAGCAUCACUCGGCCCACAGCUACCCAGCUGACCCGGGACCUGCUCCGCAGCCGCGGCAUUGCUGGCCUUUACAAGGGACUGGGGGCCACACUGCUCAGGGACGUCCCCUUCUCCAUCGUCUACUUCCCCCUCUUUGCCAACCUGAACCAGCUGGGCCAGCCCGCAUCUGGGGAGAAGUCUCCCUUCUACGUGUCCUUCCUGGCCGGCUGUGUGGCCGGAAGUACGGCUGCUGUGGCUGUCAACCCCUGUGAUGUGGUGAAGACAAGGCUGCAGUCGCUCCAGCGUGGGGUCAACGAGGACACCUACUCGGGGUUCCUGGACUGUGCCAGGAAGAUUCUGCAGCACGAGGGCCCCUCAGCCUUCCUGAAGGGCGCUUACUGCCGUGCUCUGGUCAUCGCCCCCCUGUUUGGCAUCGCCCAGGUGGUCUACUUCCUGGGCAUCGCAGAGACCCUGCUGGGGCUGCAGCACCCCCAUCCCUGAGCCCAGGCUGCCCCACGCCCACACCAAGCGGGACCAGAGUGGGGCUGGGGCCAGGUGGCCUGCCCAGGACUGAGCAAGGGAAGUCUCUCCCACCCCUCCCCACGUGGAAGGGGUGCAGGGUCCACACACAAACCCCGAGGGGUCCUGCUUGCACAACCAGUGGGAUCAACGUCUUAUUUAUGUAGAAACCGCAGAAAUCUUUACAUUCCUGGAGCCAGCCCUGCCCCAGCUCCCACCCGGCCUGAACACCCCCGGAUCAGAGCUGGUCUCUGGGCUGGAGGCCUCCAGGCGUGGGCUGGGCAAGCUGGACCCUACCCUCCAGGCUACCAGCCUGUCCCCGAGGCAUGGCCCCUCAUCCACAAAGGGGACCCUGCACAAACCUAUUUAUUAACUUGCUGAGCACAAGUGGCUCUGCCCAGCCCUCCAUCCGUCCGUCCAGACCUCCUCUGCUGCUGUUCUCACCUCGGCCAGCCUUGCAGGAGGAUUGGGGUCUCCUGCCCCCUAUAUUGAGCCAGGAAUCCCAAGCUGGGGGCUCACACUGAGUUCUGACUCCCAGGGAACCCCCUUCCCAAUGUGGGACCCAGCACCGGUCCUGUUGGGCCCCUGUGCCCCACCCCAGGCUGGAGGCCCAGAGUACAUGAGGUCUGUGUGUGCGUGUGAAUACUGUAAGGAGCGGGCUCCCGACUGCGGCUGUGGGGGCCGCUGCCCUUCCCACAUGGUCAGCGCUGUGUGUGUGCUGUGUGUGCUCUCGGCUCCCCGCUGACCUCGUCCAGGAAUUUAGUGCUCCAGCCUAGCCCCUCUUGCUGCACCUUCAGUUGACCCCUCUCUGAGACCCGCACCCCAGGUACGGGAUUGGCCAGGGGGAAGGGCAUACACGGAGACCAGUAUGGGGGCACCCACUCUGCUUUGUGGGGGUGGCGGGGCCAGGAGCUGUGCCUUCAGGGCCCACUCCGCUCUCUGAGCCUCUACAUAAGGCCCUUGACCACGUCGCACCCCUCUGUGCUCCUGGCUCCCAGACUCAUCCAAGUUGUGAAUCGAGGCAGGCACUCCCCCACGUGAUCAUGUUGGUGAUUGGUCCUUAAGUGCUGGUGCUGUGUCCCCCACCCAGGCCCUCUGGAGGAGGCCCCUUCCCAGUGACACUACCUGGGGCUCAGUCCUGGCCCCCAGUUCACCGUUGCUCCCAUCACAUCUGUACCUUGGAAGCUGAGGCUGCUGCUUACAGAUUUAUAUUUUUUUUCUUUUGAGGAGUUUUAAGAAGUGACUUUUUGUGUCUUGUCAUGUAAGAAGAUAAAUAAAUAUUCUAAGUAGA